AUGGCACAAGCAACCCCCACACUCGGGCGAAAAUCAUCAGCACCAUGGGACAGGUUGCGUCCAGUCAAGCAAGACCCGUUGGAGAGUAUGGGUUUCGUUUCCAAGGGUGAUAACAGGUUGCUCGAUCCCAAGACGCAAGAGAGCUUUUACAACAAAAUUGUCGCUCGCUAUAUGCAGUUCUGCACCCAGCACGCUAAAGACCUCGACAGCGCCUUCGCAUCGUUAUCGCUAGAGGAGGCUUGUUCGUCGACCACGGCCCCUGUCAGAAACCAGGCUAUCAGGGUGACGGACCUUCCACCCGUUCGAGCGCCGAGUCCUCAUCAACAUGACUUCCCAGUGCAUGUGUACGGGCAGGCGAGCGGGGGUCCAUCGGCGUCGCCCUCAGCCGAGCUGUCUACCAUUCUCCUAGCACUGCGGAAACUACGGGAAGGCCUUCUUGCCAGCUCCGCAUCGGCGCAAAACCCCGUCUUCUCCCAGCGAGUCCACGUGUUCAAUAUCAGAGCGGCCAUCCUAGCACUUCAUCCGGAGGGCUAUCACCCAUCCCUUCUACAUCUGCUGACUACACUGCACACCGCCGAGCAUCCUUUGCCGAGAUCUGAGCUGAUUGAGAUGAUCACCUACCAAAUUCUUGACACUGCGAUUCGACAGAAUGAUCUUACCUCAGCAUACGCGUUGAGAUACAAAUGUCAAGUACGGGUCGGGUUCAAAAGCAGAGUAGUCGACAGCAUCCUGAAUUCGGUUGUCACUGGUAAUUGGGUCACUUUCUGGCGCGUGCGACAUAAGGUGGACGGCUAUGUCCGAGCCAUCCUUCACUGGCAUCUCGAAUCGCAGCGUACAAUGGCCCUCAAAGCCAUCGGGCAAGCAUACUAUUCCUGCGAUGUUAGAUGGAUCCUUCAGAGUGCCACCAGCGGCGAAAUGGAUUGGGAUGAACUUGUCCGAGCAGAAGACGUAGGCUGGAUGCGCAACGGAGACCGGGUCAUGAUCAGGAAACCCAAGGCCAAGACCGGCUAA